AUGAAUGGCAGUGGUGCUGCUGAGGGCGAACCUCUGAGUUCUUCUGGAGACGCAAAUCAACAGGGAUCUAGAACACAAGGGACAAAUGACUCGAAAGUCGACUCUACGGAUGUGUUUGAGAUGACGCCGGAUACAGCCUUAGGGCUCUUGUGCAUCGCUAUGGACAAACUUACCGCCAAUUCUUCCACGCAGGGUGUGCGAAGCGGGAUAUCAAGCGGUGACGAUAGUCCAAUACGUGUGACUGAAUUGCAUUUCUCUCCGGCUGGCGAAGGCCACCUCGCUUAUGAUUCCAUACAACAAUCUGUGCUAUCUAAGCGAUUUCUCUCGAAACGGGAACCGCCUAUAACACUGAAGGAAUAUUUGACGCGACUUCAUCGCUACUGUCCGAUGUCCACAGGCGUCUAUCUUGCAACAAGCCUUUACAUCACAAGAAUGGCCAAUAUUGAUCGGAUCAUAUCAGUGAAUCGGAAAAACGUACAUCGCCUGGUGCUGGCAGGCUUGCGCGUGGCCAUGAAGACGCUUGAGGAUCUCAGCUAUUCCCAUAACCGGGUUGCCAAAGUUGGAGGAGUUGGUGAGAAGGAAUUGUCUCGACUAGAGAUCAGUUUCUGUUUUCUCGCCGACUUCGAGCUUCGCGUCGACCGUGAGAUGCUGAUCGAACAAGCGAGGCUCCUAAAAGCAUCAUAG